UGCGCAGGCUGUGCAUGCAGAGAUAUGGUAAACCCAGACACGACUGUUUACUCAAGUCGGAAUAAUCUGCCUCGGUUGCUCCGCAUGAAGCGUUUUAGCUCAUGGUUUCGUUAACUGGUCUGCUUAGUGUUUUUUCCUUAGUCUCUGGGCUGUAGCUGAAAAGAAUUUUGCUGUUCAUUUCUGUGUAUAUGUGUGUGUAAAAGUGCGGCGAGAAGGAAGAUAGCUGAAGUUGUGAAGAUGUCAAUUUUACCUUUCACUCCCCCCAUCGUGAAGAGACUUUUGGGGUGGAAGAAGGGAGAACAGAACGGACAGGAGGAAAAGUGGUGUGAGAAGGCGGUUAAGAGCCUCGUGAAGAAGCUGAAGAAGACGGGGCAGCUGGACGAGCUGGAGAAAGCCAUCACAACUCAUGAUGUCAACACGAAGUGUAUCACGAUACCGCGGUCUCUGGAUGGGCGCUUGCAAGUGUCCCAUCGAAAAGGUCUCCCCCACGUGAUCUAUUGCCGGCUGUGGCGUUGGCCGGACUUGCAGUCACACCAUGAGCUGAGAGCCGUGGAGCUGUGUGAGUUCGCCUUUCACAUGAAGAAGGACGAGGUUUGUGUGAACCCAUACCACUACCAGCGUGUAGAGACACCGGUCCUGCCGCCAGUGCUGGUGCCUCGCCACACAGAGAUCCCGAGUGAGUUUCCUCCUCUGGACGAUUAUAGCCACUCCAUCCCUGAAAACACAAACUUUCCUGCUGGCAUCGAGCCUCAGAGCAACUAUAUCCCAGAAACACCACCUCCAGGUUACCUCAGUGAGGAUGGGGAGACCAGUGACCAUCAGAUGAACCAUAGCAUGGACACAGGAUCUCCAAACUUGUCACCAAACCCUGUGUCUCCAGCACACAACAACUUAGACCUGCAGCCUGUGACAUACUGUGAGCCUGCGUUCUGGUGUUCUAUAUCGUACUAUGAGCUGAACCAGCGUGUGGGUGAAAUCUUUCACGCGUCCCAGCCCUCUCUCACAGUAGACGGCUUCACUGACCCAUCCAACUCGGAGCGCUUCUGCCUGGGCCUGCUGUCCAACGUUAACCGCAAUGCUGCCGUGGAGCUCACCCGGAGACAUAUUGGCCGAGGGGUGCGUUUAUACUACAUUGGAGGUGAGGUGUUUGCUGAGUGUCUCAGUGACAGUGCCAUCUUUGUCCAGAGCCCCAACUGUAACCAGCGCUAUGGCUGGCACCCUGCCACUGUCUGCAAGAUUCCACCAGGCUGUAAUCUGAAGAUCUUCAAUAAUCAGGAGUUCGCUGCCCUUUUGGCCCAGUCAGUGAACCAGGGCUUUGAGGCUGUGUACCAGCUGACCCGUAUGUGCACCAUACGCAUGAGCUUCGUCAAAGGCUGGGGAGCAGAGUACAGGCGGCAGACAGUGACUAGCACCCCCUGCUGGAUAGAGCUGCACCUGAACGGACCCCUGCAGUGGCUGGACAAGGUGCUGACCCAGAUGGGCUCCCCCACCAUCCGCUGCUCCAGCGUGUCCUAGGAAAUGCCUUCCCUCAAAAAACAACACCAGAAGUACCCAGUCCAAAACUAGAACUGGAACUGAAAAAAGGUUACAAUGGGAACCGAGGGUAAUGACCCUGAAACCCAUCAGCCAAUAGGAAUCCACAGUCUCACCUGACAACACACACCCUCUUUCAGUAGCACUUUCAGUAACACAUUCAUCUCAAAGAGGAAGUGUGCAGUAAACAGUACUAUUUUUGUUUAUAUUUUUUACAUAAUGCCCAUAUCAUUUAUUAGGAGCAUCAUUUAUAGCUUGUGAGAUUUCGGUAUUUAGAGCCAUUUUGGUUGCUGAGCAUGUGUACAGUACCCUUAUUUCUUGUCUUAGGCACUGUUUUGUUGCAUACCACAACAGGUGUAUUAGGACACACUUGAUUAAUGUACGAACAAGUCAAGUGCUUUCUGUGUACAGUGAAAUAUUAAUGAAGUUUUAUAAAUUUCAGUUCAAAUGUCUUUAUGUUUUGGGCAUUUUUGUUUUGGUUUUAACAAAAUGAUAGAAGAAACCCCUUGUUGUAUGUAUCAUAUUUUACAUGAUAAUGUGAUUGAACAGGAGAGAUCCUCGUGAUGCGUUCUAUGUGUUAAAAAAAAAGCCUUCCUUCUGUCUGAGAAAAACAACACCCUCAGUGUUUAAAUAUAUUCAACCCUGUGUUUUGCCAGGGAAGUCCUUAAGAGAUCUAACUGGACAAAGGUCACUAAGUGAGUGAAAAACGCAGCUUAUCUAGAGCCAUAAUUGGUCAGUGCCUUGGGAUGCUAAAGUGGAAUUACCGACAUUAACCAUUAACUGUUACAUUUCACUGGAACACUUCAAAGGUGACUGUACGAGCACAUAGUAACACAUUUAGCACAGCUGUGCAUGUAAGCAGAUAUUCUAUUGUAUGCAUUAUAUUGCUUUAGGAAAACAGUAUGGGGCUGAGCUGAGGGUGGGGGGGUGGCAAUUGUAGACGGCUGAAGGAUGAAAGGUUGUUAUUCCUCCUGUAGUAGUUUUUAAUCUGUCUGUAUGGAGCCAUGCCAAGUCUCGCUGGGUGCGUGUGUUCGUGUGCACAUUCUCUUAAGAUGUGCUUAUGGUAGCAGUUUAAUCUGUGGCCCAGCUGUCUCUGCUGUGUGUGUGUGUCUGCCUGCCCUCCCAUUGAGUUCAGAUAGGUCUGUCUGCAAGGAAGAACCUACACACACUCUUGUGUGGAAGGUGUGUAGCUUUGGACCUGAAAUCCAUGCUUGGCUUAUCCUCAUUUUAGUGUUACAGAGUCUUUUGGUGAAGGAUGUUUAGUGAACAAGUGAAAUGGGCAUUACCUUUACCAGGUUAAAGAGCAUUCAGUUUUCAACGCACAGUUUCUUUUAGAAUACUUUUCGUUCAGUGUCGAUUUAAUUUUCUUCUUCAUUUUGCUGGCCACUUGCAAAUGACUGUGUACUGAUCACCAACCUCAGUACUUUGUGACAACUUUGGGAUUAAAUUGCAUUAUAUUGUAUAAAAGAAAGGCUUUAUUCCCUGCUCACAGAACGCCCUGAGCCACCCUGCUGUGGCCAUGUAACAUUCCACACCUGUACUUCUUGCUCUUCUUAUGCUUCCUUAGCUUCAUGUACAGGUUAUACAUAUCCUAAUUUUAAAGGGGAGUUCCACCCAAUGAUUUAAAUUGCUGAAGACAUAAACAACAUAAUUCAAAAUGUUUUGAUGUGAAAUAGUACAUUAUAGAGAAACCAGGGGUUAUGAUAUCUACAGCACAAUAAAUAAGAUAAAUGAUAAAAUAGAGAUUAAAAAAGGUUUCCUGCAAAGUUUCAUGCAUAUACCUCUCUACAAUAAAUGUAUUUAAAUUAAUUAUUAAAAAAAAAGGUUUAGGACAAAACUGAAUCACAAGACUAUAGUAAAAGUCACGCAUAACUCAAAGUAAUUGUAACCAUUUUGCUUAAUAUCUUUCUGUGCGGUAGCUUUUACAGACAUUAAAGCUGAAUUCCACCUUUUUUUCAGAUUUUCUGCAUAAAUCGAGUUUUUGAGAUGUAAACAAAGCCGUUUAGAGUGACUUGAUGUGAGAUGGUUUAUUGUUGAGAAAUUUACUAUCUCUUUGCAGUUGUGGUGAUAGGAACCGGAGUCACAGUGACUACAUCAUGAAUAUACAACAGCAGAAGUUUUAUGUUAAAAAUUACCAGUGCAUCUACAUUUUUCUAUAUAAUGUUAAU